AUGCCGACGCCAAUGCUCAGCGCAGUAAUGCUACUUUCAUCCUUUCUGUCAUUGGUCGGGGCUACCGAAAACGCAGCGCUGCGGAAUGUGACUAUUGACGACCGUUUCGGGGAUGCCAUGACGCACGUUGUCCCGUCGUAUAUCCCACCCAACAAAUGGAGUCCCAAUGGCGGUAGCGCGAGGCCCAACGCGUCUCUAGCGCACAACGGAACCUGGCACGAUGCAACUUACCACCCCAAAAACGCACCCCACAAAGCCAGUUUUAGUUUCACAGGUGUCUCCUUAUAUGUAUACUGCAUUAUCGCAAACACACCGCCUCCCCACUCCGACACUUUCGACGCCUUCGCAAAUUACACGUUCUUCCUUGAUGAGGAGUUGGUCGGUACUUACACACACAAAGCCGAGAAAACACACGAUUUUUUCUAUAACGUGGCAGUCUAUGUCAACCAAACCAUGACGAACGGAUCUCACAACUUCAGCAUUGCUGCGUAUUCUCAAGACCAGCCGGUCUUGCUGCUAUUUGACUAUGCUGUUUACACUACAAUCGAGGAAAGCCUUGACAGCGCUACAGUGUCCUCACAAAAAGCGAAAGCCCUGCAUACAUCGGCUGAGACCGUUGAAAAUCCCCAACCGUCGUCACAUACGACGGGGGUCUUAUACACCUCAACGAAUACUCCAGACGUCAAAAAUGGACCCAAAUCCCAUCCAAAUGUGGGCGUCAUCAUUCAUGGCACUCUUGGGGGAAUUGCCUUUGCCUUUUGCAUCGGGAUUUUCUUCGUCAUUCGAGUCCGACGACGACAACAACAACAGACAAAAAAGACGAGCGGACGGCAGCUCUCAAAUUACCGGAACGAGAAAGCCAUUGCCAUCACUCACACAGAUGAUGAAGGCACAAUCAGGGAAUUGCGACAGAUCAUACAGCAUCUACGUGCGGAGAAGAGGGUUAUGAGGGCAGCAAUGCUGCCUCCCCGCGCUCCCCAAUAG